AAGAUAUUUACAUUGAAUUUAAACGAGCAAAAACCCAUUUAUAAAAUUAUUUUUCCUUCCAACGCUGAUUUGGAGAAGCCACAAAGCAAUUAAUAGAAAAAGGUUAUUCGAUUUGGGCAGCAAGGUUUGCAUGUUACUUAUAGCUCUUUUCCUGUUCACGAUCACACUUUCUUAAUUUUGGGCGCUGAAUAAUUAAUGUCACUGUUAUAAUGUGUUUUGACAUUUUAGCUUGCACACACAAGUCAUAUUUUUAUAUGUGCCCCCCAAAAAAAGUCAUAAUUUUUGGGUUGUGUGUCUUUUGGUGGAGGAAUGCUUGUCACCUACUCCUUUUAAGUCCCCAAUUCUCCUAAAAAACUUUUGAGUGAGAGAGAAGAAGAAGGGAAGGAGUAAGUAAAAGGGUUCUUCUGUUCUUCAUCUUCUCAACUUGUGUGGUGGUUGAUGAUGGAAAGGCACAAAUGCAAGCUUUGUUCAAGGUCAUUUGCAAAUGGUAGAGCCUUGGGUGGACACAUGAAGGCUCACCUUGCUACUCUUCCCCUUCCACUUAAGCCUCAAACAUUCACUGACUCUGCUAGUGCUACUUCUUUGUCAUAUUCCUCCUCUUCUUCUUCUUCAGAAUCGGAACAGGAAGAAGACGAAGAACAAGUGGUGGCAAAUAGAGAAUCAGAGGAAAAGUCUCUGAUUUACGGGUUAAGGGAGAAUCCCAAGAAAAGCUUCAAGCUUGCAGAUCCUGAGUUCUCUUCUUUUGCACCUGAUACUGCUUCUGUGGUCCAAGACAGAGAGAGCGAGACCGAGUCAAAGAACCCAACUGGCCAACGAUCCAAGAGGAACCGCAAAUCCAACGUGGCCUGUUUCAUGGUGUCCACAACGCCACCACCCACCGACCCAGAGCCUCUUAGCUCCGUUUCUGACACUUCCCCUGAAGAAGACGUCGCCAUGUGCCUCAUGAUGCUCUCUAGAGACAAGUGGAAGAGAAACAACAAUGUGGUAGAGCAAAGACCAAACGGGAGCUUCAACAAAGAGAUCAAGUUCAAGAGAGUUCGCGGGAACCUCCGCUGUCACAAUUGUGGGAAAUCCUUUCGAUCUUCUCGAGCAUUGGGUACUCACACAAGUAUAUGCUUUGAAGCAGGGCCUAAAGCUGAAGGAAAUAAUACUACUACUACUACUAAUAGCAAAAGCAAGGUUUUUGAAUGUCCGUUUUGUUAUAAGGUGUUUGGGUCUGGUCAAGCACUUGGUGGACACAAGAGAUCUCAUCUUAUCCCUUCUUCUUCAACUGCUAAAUACAAAGAGAGCUUCAUAGAUCUCAACUUGCCAGCUCCGGUUGAAGAAGAUGACCUUAGUGUUCUUUCUGAUGCCUAAUUUACCCCUCGCUAUGUUUUAUUGGGUAAAGUGAAUUUUUCUUUUUUAAAAAAAGUAGGUGAGAAUAUUUGUUUAUGUUUAUUGAUAGAUCAAAAUGCUUUUGAUUCUACAACAAUGGUAGCUGAGUAUAAGUUAUGUUUUCACUUUUCACCACUGGCUGCUAUGUCUAGUGUUACACAGCGAGUGAAUUGCUAGUUAACAGUUGAGUUUUAUUCGUUUGUACUCAACUCGGUUCA